UAUCCCCUUCGUAUAUUGUACUCCUCCUCCUCCUGCUGCUGCCAUUGUUUUUAUCUUUUUCUCCGCUUUUGUCGCCGCAAAGCGCCAAGCUUUAUCGCUCGCGCGCUCCCGGCUCGACAGCGCGGCGCCGCCGCGUCGGAUGCGCCACGUGCUGCCGGCUGGCCGCGCCGUCGUCCACCGCGGCGCGCGGGCGGCGGCGAUGGGGUCGUCGGCGGGGGCGGGGGCGGGGGCGAGGGACCCGGGCGGGAACCCGACGGUGGGGAGGCUGCGGGAGAUCUUCAGGGGCGGCGGCGACGCGGCAGAUGGCUGGGAGAGGUCCUGGGAGACUGGCGUAACCCCGUGGGAUCUGGGGAAGCCGACGCCUAUCAUCGAGCAUCUCGUUAAAUCAGGAACCCUCCCUAAAGGAAGAGCGUUGGUCCCGGGAUGCGGCAUGGGUUAUGAUGUGGUUGCUCUGGCAAGCCCUGAGAGAUUUGUCGUUGGCUUAGAGAUUUCUAAUAUAGCUGCUGAGAAGGCUAAGCAGUGGUCAUCAUCUUUGCCAAAUGCAGAUUGGUUUACUUUUCUGGUUGCUGAUUUCUUCAAGUGGAGACCAAGUGAACCAUUUGACCUCAUUUUCGAUUAUACGUUCUUUUGUGCACUUCAUCCGAGCAUGAGGCUGGCUUGGGCAGAGACAGUUAGCCGCCUUCUGAAACCAGAUGGAGAGCUUAUCACCUUGAUAUAUUUGAUCAGCGAUCAAGAAGGGGGGCCGCCCUACAAUAAUACAGUUGCUGACUAUCAGAAGGUGCUGGAGCCGCUGGGUUUCAAGGCUGUUUGUAUGGAAGACAAUGAGCUGGCUAUUAAACCGCGCAAGGGUAUGGAGAAACUUGGAAGGUGGAAGAGAUGCGGCAGGCCGCAAUCUUCUUUGUGAGCAUAUAUGAAGACCAUGUUGUAUAUUUUGUAUACACUGUAUUGUGUUGGCUUCUAUGCUCAGUUCGCACUUCCUGAACGAUGCAUGCGUGAUGUGCCAUUUAGGGCCAGUUCUUUUGCUAGCUUUUUUGGGCUUCCAGAAUAAGCUGCCCCCUACCCAGCUUAUUCUAGAAGCCCAACCAAAAUUUUCUUUUUAGAAGCCUACUAGUCAAGUCUAAACUACUAGGCUUCUAAAAAAAUAAAUUUGUUUGGGCUUCUAGAAUAAGCUGCAACCAAAAGAACUGGCCCUUACUGCUUCCGUUGGAGAUUAAUCGGCCAUGUGAAAUUUCCGUGUGUGUUUUAAGUAUGCUGUCAACUUGGAGAUCAUAUUGU